CAGCACACCUGAGUGAAGGCCACGGCUGAAAACCGGUUUCUCCGCGUCGUACGCUUCGCCGAGUGAGCAGCAUCGCCGUUGGCCGAUUGUCAGUGGUUCGAUGUGUGCACGCUAGCCGCCGUCAGUUAGCCGUACGAAACCUUUGUGCCUGUUCCGGUCAAAGGGCAGGUGUUUUUUGGGGUCUGAGCUGAUAUCGAAUCGAGCGGAACAUUCUACCGGUAUCAUGCAUACCAAGGAGGACGACCAGUACGUGCUGUAUGGUGGGCCCGAUCCAGCCGAUCUCGAUCACUUCGAAUCAUUAGGAUCGGUGAUAGUGGAUGAGCUGAAGCUACGUCCGGGCAACAUUGGAUUGAUCGAUCCGGUGUCUCUGGAAGAGCUGACUUAUGCCCAGAUUCUGGAUCAGUCGGCCCGGUUGGCUGCCGGACUAACCCGACUGGGCAUCGGAAAGACGGACAACGUGGCUAUCCUCAGCCAAAACAGCCUCGAGUAUUGUGUUGCUAUGUUCGGUGCAAUUUUUGUUGGAGCCCCUCUGGCCCUGCUCAAUCCGGCCUACAUUGAAGGGGAGCUGAAACAUGCGAUAAGUUUAGCGAAACCGAAGGCGAUAUUCAUCUCUCCGGACGUGCUGGAGAAGCUUAUGGGGGCUCUUCGUGCGCUGCAGGUGACCGGCAUUCGGGUGAUACUUUGUGGCGAACAUCCCGCCGCUAGGACGUACCCGGAGGUACUGCCCUACGCGACGCUGCUAACGGAAGCGAUCGAUGCGAACACCUAUAAACCGGCUGCAGUGGACAAGAGCCGGCAUGUGGCGUUGAUUGUGUUGUCCUCCGGUACGACCGGUCUGCCGAAGGGUGUCGAGCUGACGCACCAGAGUAUCAUCGCUUCGAUCGCACACUCGAAGGAGUCGGCCAAAAUGUUGGACCUACCGGAUCAGCUGGUAGCCCUGGCUGUGACUCCACUGUUUCAUGUCGUUGCUGGCGUCGGCCUAUUGAACAUGGUGACGAACAACUGCCGGUGUGUGGUGAUGCCUCGGUUUGAUCCGCAUCUCUUCUUGAGCUGCAUCGAGCGGUACAAGGUGAAUCUGAUGACGCUCGUACCGCCGCUGAUGGUGUUCCUGGCGAAGCACCCGAUGGUCGACGAUUACGAUCUCUCGACACUGAUGACACUGUUCUGCGGGGCGGCACCACUCAGCAAGGAGAUCGAAGAGCAGGUCCGGGAGCGUCUCGGUGUGGCAUUCAUAAGGCAGGGUUACGGUAUGAGCGAAACCACGCUCGGUGUUCUGAUGCAGGAUGGGUUCGAGAAUAAGGCCGGUAGUGUGGGCCGCGUACGGAUGGGUCAGUGGGUGAAGGUAAUCGAUCCCGAGACGGGCCGGGCACUAGGACCAAAUCAACGGGGUGAGCUGUGCUUUAAGGGUUCGCUCAUUAUGAAGGGAUACGUCGGGCUUGAUCGGGUCAUCGAUGAGGACGGUUGGCUGCAUACCGGGGACAUCGCGUACUAUGACGAUGAUCAGGAGUUCUUUAUCGUGGAUCGCAUCAAGGAGCUGAUCAAGUACAAGGGCUUUCAGGUACCGCCGGCCGAGCUGGAAGCGAUACUGCUCGAGCAUCCGAAAAUCAGCGAUGCGGCGGUGAUAGGUGUGCCCGAUGAGCGGGCCGGCGAGCUACCGUUGGCGUUCGUGGUCAUCGAGGACGGUGAGCAGCUGACGGAAAGGGAGGUGAAGGAGUUCGUAGCGGGCAAAGUUUCGGAGCAGAAGCAAUUGCACGGUGGCGUACGGUUCGUUAGUCAGAUUCCCAAAACGGCCAGCGGUAAGAUACUGCGCCGGGAGCUAAGAGAUUCACUGAAGGUGGUCAAGGCGAAGCUGUGAGUUACCGUACUUGCGCCUCGUUACCAGAAUGCGUACUACCAAAUAGCACAACUAGCGCUUAGGUUGAUUGUUGUUUUGUGGGGAUAAGGAAAUGAAAAGAUCGUGGGUUUUAAUACACUGAAAUACGGGUCUGUGCAGUAAAGUUGAAGGGUUCGUUUUCGUAUCUCAUAUUGUAGGAAGUAUGUUUAACACGUUUCAGUCAUUUGUUUCGGUAGGUGUGAUUGCUGGUGGUUUAUCAUU